GCCCCAGGCGACCGCCCCCCGCCUCACAGCUGGGACCGGACUCUCCCGCCACAGAUGUGGCGCCGCCGCCGUCAGAGCCCCGUGAUACCCAUCCCAGAGCCUGAGGGGUCCAAAGUCGUGGACUCCGGAGUCGCGAGUCUCUGCACCGCGCCCUGAGAGACCCCAAAGCGCAGGCUAAAGGAACGCAGAUAUCCAGGUGCCCAGCGCCCCCUCCUGGAGGAGCCGGGAGUCCGAGCGAUCCUGGAGGCCGAGCUUCCUGCACCCGGGUUUAAAGAACUUGGGAUCCCAGACCGGUGAUUUACCUCCAAGGGUUCCCAGAUAUCCGAGCCCAGAUAUCCGAACUCGGCAUACGGACUCCUAGCGCCCCAGCCAGUUCUGUUUGGGGCUGAAACGCCCACUACUUCAAGGGGACCCAGGAAUUUGGGACUCCCCUGCGCUCCCGCCGAUGGUUUAAUCUCUGCUCCAAGAGUUAGGGGAACUCAGGAAUCCUUUCGCCCCACGGCCAUAUCUAGAAGAUUCAGGAGUUUGGGUCCCCAGCGCCCCAUCUGAGACCCAGGAGUCGGGACUCCCAGCAUCCUCAUUUAGAGGACCAAGAAAUUCGGACCGCUGCAUCCCAUUCUCCGAGAGACCCCGGAUUCUGAUUCCCGGAGCCUGCGAACCCGAAGUUCACGCCCCUGGCUUGCAGAGACCCAGGAGUCCGGCUGUGCGCCUCCCCGGGGACCGUGCUAGGGUCGAAUAAGAAUCGAGCAGCCUCGGUUCGGGGCUGGAGACUCCCUGGGAGCAGCCGCUGAGCCACUCAGCCAUGCCCGAGGGAGCCCGUGGACCGAGCCUGUCCAAACCCAGCCCUAGCCUUGGCCGUGGCCCCACAGGUGAAGUGUGUGACUGUGCAGCUGUGUGUGAGACCCAGACAGCGGACAGCUUCGUGCAGGAGGGGACAUCUAAACAGAAUUCAAAGAGGAGGAGGAAUGAGUUGGGGAAAGCAACGAAGAGUAUUCAUUCCACACGGAGGGAACAGUGUGAGAGCAGAGCAGCCCCUGCAGCCCCUGCCAUGGCCUCCCCCCGAGGUUCUGGGAGCUCCACAUCCCUGAGCACGGUGGGCUCUGAGGGGGACCCGGCUCCAGGGCCCACCCCAGUCUGCUCAGCAUCCAGGCCAGAGCCCCUUCCAGGGCCCCCCAUCCGCCUGCAUCUGUCACCCGUGGGGACCCCGGGUUCGGCCAAACCCUCGAGGCUGGAGCGAGUGGCGCGAGAGAUCGUGGAGACAGAGCGGGCCUAUGUCCGGGACCUUCGCAGCAUCGUGGAGGACUACCUGGGCCCACUGCUGGAUGGUGGGGUCCUAGGGCUGAGCGCGGAGCAGGUGGGCAUACUGUUUGCCAACAUCGAGGACAUCUACGAGUUCAGCAGCGAGCUCCUGGAAGACCUGGAGGGCAGCCGCAGCGCGGGGGGCAUUGCCGAGUGUUUCGUGCAGAGGAGUGAGGAUUUUGACAUCUACACGUUGUACUGCAUGAACUACCCGAGCUCCCUAGCCCUGCUCCGGGAGCUGUCGCUGUCCCCGCCUGCAGCCCUGUGGUUGCAGGAGCGCCAGGCCCAGCUCCGCCACUCACUGCCCCUGCAGAGCUUCCUGCUGAAACCUGUUCAGCGGAUCCUCAAGUACCAUCUGCUGCUGCAGGAGCUAGGCAAGCACUGGGCAGAGGGCCCGGGUGUGGGGGGCCGCGAGAUGGUGGAAGAGGCCAUCGUGUCCAUGACCGCGGUCGCCUGGUACAUCAACGACAUGAAACGCAAGCAGGAGCACGCCGCGCGCCUCCAGGAAGUGCAGCGGCGGCUGGGCGGCUGGACUGGCCCGGAGCUCAGUGCUUUUGGGGAGCUGGUGCUAGAGGGCGCGUUCCGAGGUGGCGGAGGGGGCGGCCCCCGACUUCGAGGGGGCGAGCGGCUGCUCUUUCUGUUCUCACGGAUGCUGCUCGUGGCCAAGCGCCGGGGACCGGAGUACACCUACAAGGGCCACAUCUUUUGCUGCAACCUGAGUGUGAGCGAGAGUCCACGAGACCCUCUAGGGUUCAAGGUGUCUGAUCUGACUAUUCCCAAACACAGGCACCUGCUCCAGGCCAAGAACCAAGAGGAGAAGAGACUGUGGAUUCACUGUCUCCAGCGCCUCUUCUUUGAGAACCACCCCGCCUCCAUCCCUGCCAAGGCCAAACAAGUUCUCCUUGAAAACAGUCUGCACUGUGCUCCUAAAAGUAAGCCUAUCCCAGAGCCCCUGACACCCCCGCUUGGGUCUCCCCAUCCUCGGGAUGCUAGAAGUUUCACGCCUGGACGAAGGAACACAGCCCCGUCUCCAGGACCCUCUGCCACUCGCCGUGGCCGCAGACAGUCUGAGCCAGUGAAGGACCCGUAUGUUACAUUUCCACAGAACGCUAAGCCUAGACUCAAGCAUGCUGGCAGUGAGGGGGAGCUCUACCCCCCCAUAGAGCCUCAGCCGCCAGUGCCGGCUUCUGGACCCCCUGAGGACCUGGAGGACCCUGGACCCCCCACGCUGGAACCCUCCGGGACCUCCAUCACUGAAGAGAUCCUGGAACUGUUGAACCAAAGAGGCCUCCGGGAUCCAGGGUGCCCGCUGCAGCCAUCCCCCCACGACAUUCCCACGUUCCCCGGCGACUCCCAGGUGCCGGGCAACAGUGAAACCCUCACAUUCCAAGCCCUGCCCAGCCGGGACUCCUCAGAAGAGGAGGAGGAGGAGGAGCUAGAAAUGGACGAACGGGGGCCUUCCCCACUCCACGUCCUGGAAGGACUCGAAAGUUCCAGCGCGGCUGAAACUCGCGACGUUCCCGGCCUUAGCAGAAGUCCAGACGCACCCAGCCUCCCUGAAAUUCCCGGCCUGUCUGAAAUUCCCAAGAUUCCCCGCCUUCCCAGUCUCUCUGACAUUUCCAGUGUUUUUGAAAUGCCCUGCCUUCCAGCCAUACCUAGUGUCCCGGACAUUCCUAGUCUCGCCGGUGCCCCCGCCCUUCCCUGUGACUCAUGGCUCCAGGGACCUCUGCGGCGGCCCGAUGAGGCUUUAGCCGCCAGGAAAGAACUGGUCCCCGGAGGCAGCUUGGCAAAACGGGGAGAACCCUCCUCCGGCGGCAGGGCAGGGCGGGAGGAGGCUGAAGAAGGGGAACCGUUCCCAGACUUCCAGCCCCAGGAUGUCCCCCGAGAUCAGGGAUUCCCGGAUGGGUUGGAAUUCCGCUCUUGUUCAGAGAUCCGGAGCGCCUGGCAGGCCCUGGAGCAAGGGCAGCUGGCCCGGCCAGGUUUCCCAGAGCCGCUGCUGAUCCUGGAAGACUCGGAUCUGGGCGGAGGCGGCGGGAGCGGGAAGGCUGCAGCCCCGAGUUCCGAGAGGGCAGCUUCCCGCGUGCGAGAGUUAGCCCGGCUCUACAGCGAGCGGAUCCAGCAGAUGCAGCGGGCCGAGACCCGGGCGUCAGCCAAUGCCCCCCGCCGCCGGCCCCGCGCUCUGGCACAGCCACAGCUGUCCCCCCGCCUGCCCCAAGAGCAGGCCGAGCCAGGGCCCCUGCCUGCCUUUGGACACGUGCUGGUAUGUGAGCUGGCCUUCCCGCUGACCUGUGCCCAGGAGUCUGUCCCCCUGGGUCCUGCCACCCGGGCUCACGCCGCCACACCGUUGUCUAAGCAGGGAGGCAGCCUGGAUGGCCGGGGUCUCCAUGUUUCAACUUUGCCGGACGCCACCGCUACCCCUGUGCCCGAGCAAGGAGGCCCCAGGAAUAUACAGAAUGUGGCUACAGCCACCACAGCCUUGCCCCAGCAGGAAGACCCCCCAGAUGUGCAGGCUACAGCUUUGCCUGACCCAGAAGGCCACCUGGAAAUCCAACUUCCAGCUACCGCUCCUUUGCUUGAGCAGAAAGGCCGUGUGGACGCCCAGGUUCCAACCAGCCCAGCUCUGCCCAGGCAGGGGCACUGUUCUGAUGUCACGGUCUUAGCCACCGCCACUGUGCCCGAGCAAGAAGGCCCCCUACGUAGCCAGAGCCCGACCGGUACCCCGUUAGCUAAGCAAGGAGGUUCCAGGGAUGCUCCGUUCCCAGCUGGUGUUUGUGAUCAAGCCGUCAACGUGGAGCGUAAGCACGGAAGCAGCCUGGACCAUCCGAUCCCAGGCAGCACUGCACUGCCCUUGCAACAUGACCUCCCGGACGUUCUGGUUCCGGGUACUUCACCUCCACCUGCCUGGGAAGGCCCCCCAAGCCAUCAGAUCCCAGCCAACACGCCAGUGUCUUUGCCCCAAGACCCCUCAGACAUUCAGCUUCUGGGCACCUCAGCCUUGCCUGCACACGGAAGCUGCCUAGACCGUCGGAUCCCAGCCAACACCCCACUGUCUUUGCCCCAGGACCCGAAUGUUCCAGCCGCCACGCCUUUGCCCCAGCAACCAGGCCUCCCGGACACCCAAGUCCAGGCCCUCCCACUUUUGCCCAAGCAGGGAGGCCUCCCAGACAUCCAGGGUCCGUCUGCUGCACCUUUGCUUCAGGAACAAAGCUUCACAGACCUUCAGGUCCAAAAACUUACACCUUUAUUGGAGCAGAAGAGCCUCCCUGAUGUCCGUGAUCCGCCUGCAACACUUUGGCCUGAGCAAAGAAGCUCUCAGGACAUUCAGGGCCUAUUAUCCACCCCAGGUCAGACCACCGUGGUUUUGUCCAAACCAGGACGCCACUUGGCCUCUCCUGUCACCAGGUCAGAGUCUUCAGAGUUGACCCCACCCCACAGUCCCCCUCCUCCAACCCGGCAACUCCUGGGCCCCAACGCAGCUGCCCUCUCAAGAUACCUGGCAGCCUCGUACAUCAGCCAGAGCCUGGCUCGGCGGCAAGGGCCUGGGGGAGAAGCUCCCUUGGCCUCCCGGGGUUCCUGGUCCUCCUCUGCCCCCGCAUCACGGGCCCCUUCACCCCCACCCCAGCCCCAGCCCCCACCUCCCCCAGCCCGGAGGCUCAGCUAUGCCACCACGGUCAACAUCCAGGUUGGGGGUGGCGGGCGGCUUCGGCCAGCCAAGGCCCAGGUCAGGUUGAACCACCCUGCUCUCUUGGCUCCCGCCCAGGAAUCUGUGGGCCUUCGCAGGGCUCAGGGAGCUCCUGAUGCCCCUUUCCACAUGUGAGCCAGGAUACCGGGCUUCUUGAAAAGCAAGGACUUCAGCCAGAUGCCACAGACCCUCAGAACUUCACCCAGAAGUCCAGACACUGAGCACAGGUGUAGAAAUUGCUGCAGCUUUCCAACUCCUGGAAGCUGCUUUGGCGAAUGGUCCUUUUUACUUACCUUGAUUAACUCAGCAGGGAUGGGGAAGGGGAUGUCGUUAAUAUUUUGUUAAUAUUAUGAAGUUAUGUAUCUUUUCCCAUUCUGGAGGCAGUGGGGGGAAGACAAGACAAUGCGAAGGCCGGACACAGCAUGAAUCAGCGGUUCUGAAAACGGGAGGCAAAACUUGAGAAUUACCGACAACCACCCAUUACGAUUUGGUGUUUGCUUUUAGAGAGUUUAUGAACUACUUGAUGCCAUCCAGGAAAGCCAAGUUAAGCAGCUUGGUUCCAGGCAGACUUAGAAGUCCAUUCCCUUAGCAAUUUAUCCAGCUCAUGCGUCCUAGCAUCUCAUCUGUCCGGCCGUCUCUAUGUCUAGCCUUCAGCUGUGUGUCCAUCUGCCUGGCUACCUAUCCCAUCUUCCGAUCCAGAUGCCGUGGUUUAGUCAACUCUACCCUAUUCAUCCAUUCAUCAUCCUGCCCGUUCUUCCAUCAGUCCAUUCCUCCAUUAUCCCACCUGUCCAUUUUGUCCAACUAACCCUCUGCAUUCAUCCAUGUUCAUAUUUCCCCCUUUACCCAUUCGUACAUCUCAUUCACUCAACCAUCUAAUCCAUCAGCACAACCACCCAACGUUCUCUACCAUCCGUCCAUCCAACCAUUUUGAUCUCUCCAUCCAUCCCUCCUUAAUCAGAUUCUUCUGGGUCCUGGUGCUACAAAAUUUCUGAGAUUGUUCCACACUAACACCAGAGUCAAUUGGGUUUGGGAUUCUGGAAAGUCUGUUCCACAUCUGAUUUCUCACUCCCCAACACAUGAAUGUCCCAAUUCUUGUGCCCACCUACACACAUCGGAUCUUUUCUACCCCCUCGCUCUAGUUUGGGACCUCUCCAGUGCCUCGGCAUGCCCCCGCCCCCAAGAAAGAAAUUCAGGUCAGAGACAAAGGCUUUUAUGUUAUCAUCAUUCUGCCCCUUCCCAGCAGUGGCAUGUGGGGCAAGUAGCAUAAUUUAAGCGGUUUCUUUGGUAAUACUAGCUUCAUUCAUUGAACUCUAAACCUCUUGUACUUAGCACGUUGUCUUAUUUAAUUUUUCCUGGAAUUCCCUGAGGCACCACCGUGUCAUAGCUGAGUUCAAAUCCUGACUUUUCUGGUUGGCAUAUGACCUCCCUCUGAGUCUGGGUUUCCUCAGCUGUGCCAGCUGAAAAACUACAACAGUACCUGCCCUGUAAGAUCAUUGUAAAAAUUCAGCGAGCACAGCCUCAUUUCCCAAAUGUAUUUGAGCCUCUGACUCACCGGGGCACUUCAACUAACAGAUCCCCCAGGAUCCAGGAUCUAGUUCCAACUUACGGAAUCAGAACUUCCAGGGCGGGAGCCUAGGAAUCUGAAGUUUUAACAAUCAGCUAAGUGGACAUUUAUUGAGUACUAACUGCACAGCACUUAGUUACUUUAUGUGAACCCAUUCACUUUGAAUCCUCUCAAAUGUCCCUAAAAGGCACGUGAGGAUGGUUUCUGAUCCUCACUUUAGAGAUGAGCAAACAGGACAGAGUAAGGGAUUUGCCCAGUCACAGCUAGGAAGGGGCAGAGUUGGAACUCAGAUCCACACAGCCUAGCUGGGGUCCAUACUGGUAAAUGUUUAUCCUGUGCCAGGCACAGUUCAAGAACCACUUCCCUCUGGAAUAAGGCUUAUAACCUAGUGCCUCAAGGGCCCUGGGUGAUUCUUGGCUGAGUGAGGUAGCCAAAACAAGGCCUGGCUCAAUAAAUGUUAGCUGCUGGCUUCUAUUUAGUUAUUUAUUGGAUGGUUACUGGGCUAUACAGCAGGGCCGGGACCGAGCCGAACUCCUCUGCCUGGGCCUGCUCCACUUCAGCCUCCCAGAGGUCAAGACUGAGGUUGCCCUCCCCUCCUCCACCCCCAGCUGCACAUUCCCAGCUGAAGGAAAGUUCUCAGCCUGGCCUGGGCUCCCAGUGGCGCCGGAAUUCCCGGUAUUUGAGGAGGCGGCUGGGAGGGAGAAAGGGGCCGUCUACUCCAAAGCCUCAAGUGGGGAAGGAGAGGCGAGCCCCCUCCGCCUUUCCAGAUGCAAGAUGCAUCCCAGCUGUGCCUCUGGCAGGGAGCCAGGAGCCUCAGAAAGGGGGGGGGGGUGUCUCCGAACCAUGGAGAACCAUGGACACCAGGCUUGCUUCGGCCCCUUCUGAACCCUGCCCCUGGACUCCAUUACUCCCAUCUGCCAAACGACUCCUCGCUCUCCUACACAGCCCUAGCUGACACCUUCUCAGGAACACCUUCCUUGCUGGUCCACUAGUCUGCCCACUGUUAAGUUAGCCCAGCCUUCCUUAGUCACAGUUCAAAUGGGCUUAAAGUGGGAGGGUAGUGCCCUGCUGCCUUCUUUGGGACAUUUAGGUUAAUGCCAGCCAAACCCUUAACCCAUUAACUACAUCUCCAAUGCAGAACUAGGUGAGCUGCAGUUAUGUGGCCACUAGGCUAAUUUCCUUACCUAACAUCUAGACAUCUGCCUGCCACCAACCUCACAGGAACAAUGCUUAGCUGGGGACCUAAUUGGUGCCAAUCAACCCCACUGUCCAUCUGUAAGAAGCACUAUCCAUGUAUACUUCCUGUAGAUCCAUGUUGUCCUGCAGAAUGUUCCUCACAAUGGAAAUGUUCUCUCAUCUGUGCAGCCCAGUACGGCAGCCACACGUGGCUAAUGUAUUGAGUGGGGCGG